CCGGGUGUUGUCCGGUGGAGGCGCUGACAUCCGUCCGCAUGCAGCGGGACUGACGGGCGGACACACACCGGGGGAAUGGCCGCUGUGUUCGGAGGACAACAGGACUCACGGCGCUCAGCCUCCACCUCUGAAUGUAAACAGCAGCAUCAGCUUUGAGGAAACAUCCACCCUCCUCCUCCUCCUCCUCUACCGUGGAGCUCCGCGGAUUUACCGGGACUGCAGACACACUCAGAGCCGCAGGAGGAACCAUUGCUGGAGAUGGACUGCAGGUCGGAGACAACAACACACGUCUGUGGCUUCGGAAAACAAAUGAAAACCAUUUCCUGUCAGCUGACCAGCCGUGGAAGAAGUGUUCAAAUACCACGGUAUUGAAACAUCCACACAGCUGCCAGUGUGACGUCCUGACAAAUACCAUCAGUAACAUCACGGGAGGCGACGUACAGGAACCUGCAGCCCAGGCCCAUGUUUGAUGCGUGCCGGAUGAGUAACAGGAGUGUCUGGUUUGAAUAACGAUGACUCCCAUCCUCGCUGUUUGAACAUGCUGCUCGGGUAGUGAAGGCGACUGCGAGGAGCGUCUACCCAAUUAAACUCCCCUCACACACGCGCGCACACAAGCACAACCAUGCUGAUCAAGGAGUAUCGUAUCCCCAUGCCGAUGAGUGUGGAGGAGUACCGCAUCGCUCAGCUCUACAUGAUCCAGAAAAAGAGCCGAGAAGAGAGCUGCGGCGAGGGCAGCGGCGUGGAGAUCCUUGAGAACAAGCCUUAUGUGGACGGCCCCGGGGGCUCAGGCCAGUACACGCACAAGGUCUACCACAUCGGGAAACACAUUCCAUCCUGGUUCUGUGCCAUCCUGCCUCAAGCUGCCCUCCGAGUGGAGGAGGAGUCCUGGAACGCCUACCCCUAUACACGAACCCGGUAUACCUGUCCCUUUGUUGAGAAAUUCUCUAUCGACAUUGAGACGUAUUAUAAACCAGAUACUGGAAACCAAGUGGACGUCUUCAAUCUGUCCUCUGCUGAAAAGAGACAGAGGACUGUAGACCCCAUAGACAUCGUGAAGGACUACAUCGCUCCUCAUGAGUACCUGGUGGAGGAAGACCCCAAACUGUACCAGUCCGACAAGACCAAACGGGGUCCACUGUCAGAGGACUGGAUCGAGGAGAUCAACCAGGACCCUGGUCAGAACCCCGUCAUGUGCGCCUACAAGCUCUGCAAAGUGGAGUUCAGAUACUGGGGCAUGCAGUCCAAGAUCGAACGCUUCAUACAUGACGUGGGUCUGCGUAAAGUGAUGGUCCGUGCCCACCGGCAGGCGUGGUGCUGGCAGGACGAGUGGUACGGCCUGACCAUCGAGGACAUCAGGCAGCUGGAGCUGGAGACCCAGCUGGCGUUGGCUAAGAAGAUGGCCCACUACAGCCUCAGCGAGGAGGGGGGAGCGGAGCCCAAUGGCUCCACUGUCAGCCAGGACCAGCAGCAGGGAGCUGAGGCUGUGGGAUCCAGUGCAGAGGCCGAGGGAGGAGGAGGGAAGCUGGGGGAGUCACUGGAGUCACGAGGGGAGCUCACCAAGCAGUGGUCAACAUCCUCUAGAUCCUCCAAUAGGUCAUCUAAGAGAGGAGGAAGUCCAUCUCAUCAGAGCAUUUCAGAAUGGAGGAUGCAGAGCAUUGCGCGGGACUCAGAGGACAGUACCGACGAUGAGUUCUUUGAUGCUCAUGAGGACUUUUCUGACAAUGAGGAGACGUUCGCCAAGGAGAUCACCAAGUGGAGCUCCAACGACCUGAUGGACAAGAUAGGGACUACAGAGGCGGAUGAAGCACAAGAAACUUUGUAUCGGGAGUCGGGCGAGGAGUACGCCGUGAUGAGUAAUGAGGAGGCGCAGAUGGAGUGGUGUGUCUUGAAAAGGCAAGAACUGCAGUCCAUCAGGUUUCCCCCAAGGCUGAAUGAUUGUUCGUCUCAGCAGUGUCUGCAGCCGUCCAAAAUCCAUGUCCUCAUUCUGGUCCUGCACGGAGGAAACAUCCUGGCCACUGGCUCGGGUGAUCAGAGCAGCAAGCAGGCGGAUGUAAACACGCUGAGUGGGGCUUUUGAGACCGUGAUGAGGGUUCAUUACCCGGCAGCGCUGGGCCGCCUCGCCAUCCGGAUGGUCCCCUGCCCUGCUGUGUGUGUCGACGCAUUCUCCCUGGUCUCCAACCUGAGCCCCUACAGCUACGACGAGAGCUGCCUCUCCAGCAGCCAGGACCACAUCCCCCUGGCCGCUCUGCCUCUUCUGGCUACCUCUGCUCCACAGUAUCAAGACGCUGUAGCAUCCGUCAUCUUACGAGCCAAUCAGGUCUAUGGGGACUUCAUCAAGUCUUCAGAUGGGGCGUCUUUUUGUGGCCAGGUGUGUGUCAUUGGCGACUGUGUCGGUGGUAUCCUGGGAUUUGAUGCUCUGUGCAGCAGCUCGUUGACGGUGUCAGAGAGUCAAAACAGCAGCAGACGGGGCAGCACCAUCAGUGUGCAGGACACAGACCUCCUCUCUCCAGGUAUUAUCAUAAACAGCGUCUCUCCGUCUUCGCCGUCCCUCGAGGGAAGCCGCCAUCUCAGCCGCAGCAACAUAGACAUCCCUCGCUGCUCGGGGCCCGACGACGCCAAGAAAGCACUUCCUCGCAAGCGCAGCGACUCGUCCACGUACGAGCUGGACACCAUCAAACACCACCAAGCCUUCCUGUCCAGUCUUCACUCCAGCGUGCUCCACGGGGAGCCCGGAUCGCGGCGCUCCAGCAACAGCACCAUGUUGGAGGGAGGCUCCUUGGGAAAGUUUGACUUCGAGGUGACUGACUUCUUCCUCUUCGGCUCUCCUCUGGGGCUGGUGCUCGCACUGAGGAAGACUGUGGUGCCCUCGUUAGAUGUGUCGGCUCUGCGUCCAGCCUGUCAGCAGGUUCACAACCUGUUUCACCCGGCCGACCCCGUGAUGAGACAUGAGAACUCCAGUAUUUUGGAGCUGGACGGCAAAGAAGUGACUGAAUUCACUCCGUCCAAGCCUCGUGAGAAGUGGCUCCGCAAGAGGACUCAUGUUAAGAUUAGAAACGUGACAGCGAACCAUCGCGUGAACGAUGCCGUGUUCACGGAGGACGGAGCCCAGAUGGUGACGGGACGUUUCAUGUACGGCCCUCUGGACAUGGUUACCCUCACUGGAGAGAAGAUUGACAUCCACAUAAUGACCCAGCCUCCCUCUGGAGAGUGGGUGUGCUUUAACACGGAGCUCACUAACAGCAGUGGACGUGUCUCCUAUGUCAUCCCUGAGAGCAAAAAGCUGGCUGUUGGCGUGUAUCCUGUCAAAAUGGUGGUCAGGGGUGACCACACAUCUGCAGACAGUUAUCUAACCAUUUUACCACGGGGGACAGAGUUUGUAGUGUUCAGUAUUGACGGGUCAUUUGCUGCCAGUGUGUCUAUCAUGGGCAGCGACCCAAAGGUUCGAGCUGGAGCUGUGGAUGUGGUGAGGUAUUGGCAGGACCUGGGCUAUUUGAUAGUGUAUGUAACGGGUCGUCCUGACAUGCAGAAGCAGCGUGUGGUGGCCUGGCUCUCUCAGCACAACUUUCCUCACGGAAUCGUCUCCUUCUGCGACGGCCUGGUUCAUGACCCCUUGCGACACAAGGCCAACUUCCUCAAAUCCCUCAUCAACGAGGCCCACAUGAGGAUCUUUGCAGCGUACGGAUCCACCAAGGACAUCUCGGUGUACACGUCUAUCGGCCUGCCUCCGUUCAAUAUCUACAUAGUGGGAAGACCCACAAAGAAAAUGCAGCAACAGUGUCAGUUCAUCUCGGACGGCUAUGCUUCCCACCUGUCCCAGCUGGAGUACAACCAGAGGUCUCGUCCCGCCAAGUCCACCAGCGCCCGCAUGGUCCUCCGCAAGAGCAGCUUCGGCCUGGGUGCAGCCGGAGGGGAAUACCUCCGUAAACGCAACCACAUCUUUCGCACCAUCACCUCUCAGCAGCCGGGGGGAGCUGGCUCGGCCACCCCCAGCCAGCCGGCCCGGACUGAGCGUACACUGAGCCAGUGCGAGAUGGAGCGCGAUCGGGGGGUCCCAGCAGGUGCCCAGAGAAGUAUGAGUAUAGCUGCAGGGUGCUGGGGCCGCAGCGGGAGCACCAAGGAGGGCAGCGGAGGGCUACUCGGCCCUAAAUGAUUCGAAUGAGGGGCUGAGGUGUCAGAGGCCUGGGCCACCAUGAUCUCUGGACGAGUCAAAGGUGGGAUGAAGAGGGGAGAGCUUGUAUUUUAGAAAAUCAGAGAUAGGUGAGGGAUGUGGCAGACACAACACACUGAUUGGGUCAGGAGAGAAUGAGGAUAGGAGAAAAUAGAAGGGGGGAUACUAAGGGAUCUGUUCAGGAGGAGUGGACUAAUCAGGCCAAGUGGGAUCCAGCGAACAAAAGACGAUUCUGUAGCAUGACUCUUUUACAGUAAUACUUUUUAUAAGAUACGUCACUAACUAUUGAAAAAUGACAAUGGAAGGAUUAAGAGAGAUAUUGUAAGCCUUAAAUUAUUCUCGUAUAACGGGACCCCCUCCCCCCCCUCCACCCGUCCACUCCCCACUUCCUGAACACACCCAUGCCCAAGCAUCCACACUCAUGAGCUCAGGACGAACUGCAGCCCGACUCAUCUUCAAACAGUCGAGCGCGGCGAUGAGCUUCACCUCUGUUUCUGUCCCGCUGUCAGCCGAGCGACACACGUUUCAAACGCAGCAUUGUCUGGCGGAAUGAGUCGCCUCACAGUUUAAAAACACAAAGAAAAGGAAGGCAAGAAGAGAUGUGAGAAAUAAAGAUUAGGGUCUCUCAAAUCACCAAAAUCUGUAUGACAUUUUUCACUUUGACCUGUUGUGGUAUUUAUCCGUACAGAGAGCUUUGCUGUCAUUGUCCAGAAUGUGAGAUAUCUGUCUCUGUCUGGUUUUUCAUUGGAAGGUCUCCACUGAGGAAACUAUCCCAAUGAGAGGGGAUUCAUCUGUUUUUUAAAGAAUUAUUCUUUUUAGCCAUAUGAGGGCAGCAGAGAAAGCUGUAGACAACACUGAUAUAAAAUCACAACUGUUUCUGACAUUAACAAACCCUCAUUGAUAUAAAUGGGGUGGACAAAACAAUAGAAAUAGGCUUCCUCUCUGUAUCACACUGUACAAUUCAAUAGUAUCACAAACUGAUCGCACAGGUGAAUCACUUCGUCUGUAAAACUGAACCAACUGAACCAAUAUAACCUUCUUAAAGGGAGGAUUUACUUUUGUAUUAGACUAGAUUAGCUUUACCUGGACAUGUCUAAUAAACUGCAAAAUGCGUGUAAGUCUUGUAAAAAAAAAAUCCUCCGUAAACAUACAGAGCUUUAAUAUGAAAUACUUAAAUUAGAAAGGCCCCCAGUAGACCUCUGCCAACAGUCCAUUUAUUGAACCGCAUUUAAAUUCACAGGCUCCACAUUUUUAUUUUGAUCUUUAUCAACUUGCACUCACUGUUGAAUAUCAGUUGCUUGAACAUGCCAGAUUUAUUUCUCUAAGAAAUCAAUGAAAAUGUUUGGAAACACUAAAAGAAAAUGAAAAGUGAGCAGCUCCCUGAUCCCAAUGCACUGCAUGAAUGAAUGGGUUAUUUCUUGCCCAACACCACUUCUAUCAGUCAGUAGUUUUUGUGUAAUCCUGCCUAGAAAAAGACAAACACAGACAAAAUCAUAUCCUCCUAGCUGGAGGUAAUGAAAAAACAAGACAAACACAAAACCCUCCACAGUCAUUCAACACAUUGUUAAGCAGUUUUUUCUUGGUGAAUCCCCUCAGCUGUUGUUCUGGUGUGAAAGCAGAGACUGACAUCUCUAAACCUGGGCACAGACCUGCAGAGCUAGAUGCCACAAAAGGUGAAAGAUGAAAUCAUUUAAAUAAUUUUUUCACAAUUUGACGGCAAAAACAACAUUGUAUCAGAGAGGAAAAAACGUCUUGUCUCGGUCAUAAAACUGUUCAUCUCUGACUCGCUCCAGUUUCCAUUGAGCCGAGUGAGAGACUCUGUAGUAUGAUUCCCUUUCAGUGUGGCCUCUGGCCGCCCAAGGCCUUAAUAUCCAACAAGACACUUACUCCACAGAAGUAGCAGGAAGGGCAUGCAGCAUUAAAGCAACAAGCGGAACUCUGUACAGUCCACAGCAACAAUCCCUUUAUAUAACCAUCUGCUUGCAAUACCUCUGAAGUGUGCUGCUGCUGCUGGUGGACACUCGGGUGGUGUUUCCCCGGCUUCUUGCUCUUUCUGCUCGAUAUCACGAUAUCAAACAGGAUGGACCUGGUGUUUCCUGAGUUUCAUCUCAGGCUGGACGCUCGCUGGAGGCAGAGGCAGGACUUUCCCUCGCACAGACCUGUGACUUGUUUCAGUAUUUCUACCAAAUGGGCCGACGAGUUGGCCGGAAAUGAUUCAGCAUGAAAGUUAAAAAGGACGAAUCUUUCAGUGGUAAAUGUAUGUGUGGGGGGGAAUCACUGGUGUCCUAAAACAUUACUUUUGUUGCUUCUGUCUACUGAGCUGAACUGUGUAUUCUCAUUCGAAGGGGACGAAGAAGACGAAGAAGAAGCGCUUCACACCUCUAAAAAACACAAUGUGCAGAAAACUGUUAGAUUUUUCCCCUCAUGACACCUUUGCUUGUACAGGAUAAUUUUUCAAGUCUUUCUGGGGGGAAAAAAGUCCCAUGUGCAACUAGAACCAUCACUCAGUGGAAGGCCGCACCAAAUUACACACAGUCAUAAACAUCAGUCCUCUAAACAUGCCUGAUCCUUUUUAUUGAAAUCCAUGAAUUAUUGCCUGAGAAAUCAGUGACAAUGUGGAAGAACGUUGAUCUUUCAAUGUUAUAACUCUGGAUCUGCCCCCUGAUCCUGAUCUGCACCAAAAGUGAAUGGCUUCCACCAGGUUUCAUGGAAAUCUGUUCUGUUGUUUUUGUGUAAUCUUGCUCACAAACCAAGCAAGAAAUAUACAGAAGGGGGAAUAAAUAGGGUAACGAAAAACAGCUUUUUCUUCCAGUAAUCAUUCCCCGUGAUUAUAGUUUCUAUGCCAGUGAUGGGGAACAAAUUCACAGUUGGUGUUUCAUGCAAAAAUGUUUACAGUGCAUUGAGAACAUAAAAUCAUCUUUUGAAUACACAGAGAAGGACAAAUUGAAGCCAAACUAAAAUGACAGAAACCAUAUUUGAGAAAAAAUUGUUUGACAUGUACUUUGACUAUUAGCUUGACCCAUGUCCCAUUCACCAACAUGGAGAAGGGGCAGCGUUUAUGACCAAUACUGUAGCAAACCACCAGGGGGCGAACAAGCUUUCAUAGGGUCCCUCUUUAUAAGCAGCCAUUGGUUUAAAUUUGCACAUUGAUAGUGUUCACGGCAGACAGAAGUUGUGAACUGUCCUUUAAACCCAUGAAUGUGUGGAGCGGCCGUGCCCUCGUGUCCUCUUCCGUUAAUAUGCUGUUGUUUUAUGCUCAACUUCCACACUGUGCACGAGUGGGUCUGUUUCCACUCUGUGUGAUCUGUGAUGUCUUCAACCCGCCUCUGAAGCCAAAAUCAUUCUCUAAUACUGUAGUUAAUCAACUGCGUAACCUCAUUGUUGUUAUUUUGCACUAGUUUACGAUGGAAAUAUACUGUAGUUACCAUCUUAUGUUGCUACACCUCUGUAUGACACUUUUUUUAUUUAUUUCAGGGUAAACUGCAUGUGCAGGUACGCACACGUCUGUACAUUUUGUCAGUGUGUGACGAAAAUGAAAGUAAAUGUGCCAAACAGUGAACAGACAAGUAUUUAGUCUCUGAGACAGCCUGAAGGUAACAGGAGCGUCUUUUCCCCCACGACAUCUACGCACAUGGAUGGACAUACGAAGAUAAAUUAUCUCAGUCAGAAGGAAUCUAAAUAUAUGAGUAUUAUGUAUGUUCAGAUUUGACUGAGUUAUAACUCCCUUAAUUGGGGCGGGCGGGGGCUAAAGCUUUUUAAUUGCACUUGGUCACGUUGGUAUAAAGAAACCUGUGUGAUUAAAUUCCAAUUGAGUUUAAAAAAAAGCCACUCUGUCAAAACGAUACCUCUGCCCCCGUCUUGUUUUUCGACUGUAUCAAAGCUUUCAGUCAGACGGGGACGAUGUGUCUGUACUGAGAGCUUCUCCAUUUAGGGAUUUUGAUGACCACAUCUUUUUAAACUGAUACUGUCCAUGUCUGAUAAAGUACAACAUUUGAGUCUGUCUUUAAAGCCUUUAACUGAGGGCAGAGAUUGAGGGAGUCUCUGUAACCAUGGAUGACAAGCUGUUUUUCGACCUUUGCAUUGAGUCCCUGUCGUGCUGCGGACUGGGUGCAGGGUCAACUUUUAGAUACAAACACAUUUGUCCCCUUCAGCCGUUUGGCUGCUGAGUUGAAUGUUUCCCCGUUUGGAGCCAUGUAUGUGUCUGUGUACAUAGUGUAAAGAUGUAUAUGUAGGACCUAUAUGGUUGAGAGUUAUUUAUUUACCUACAGAUCAUGAUGUUGACUAUGGAAAAUUUCAGGUGAAAUAUAUUUGAGAAAUAUGUAGCAUUUUAUUUUGUCACUUUGGCGGCCAUUGAGGCGACGGACCAACACAGGAAGCUUUUAGUUUGGACCAGUGCAAUAUUAUUGUUCCAAAUAACCAGUGUCACAGGAGGAGCACAGUCCGCACCAUCACAGGCUCCACCCACAGUCGUGUCCGAGCUACAGUCGACCUCUGCUGCCUCUUUACAACAACUGCUGAGGGUUUUAUAGGACCUACUGUACCUAUUUUUAAACUGCAGUAUUUUACACAACCUUUGAACUGGAAGCUGCUUUUUCGCUCAGCGGUGGGUGCAUGGAAAAAAGUAAAACCCCACGAUUAAAGCAGCUCUAUUUAACAAGCUGUUGCAUGUUGUUCAGUCAGAUUGGAACUACGUAACCGUCAUGCUUGACAAUAAGAGAGCAGUAAUGCAGCCUUUACGUCCUCACUGUUUAAUGAAUAGUAUAUCAAAAACAUUCUGCUGGUUAUAUUUGAGAUUAUUGCAAUUAUUCCCACUUUUGGAUAAAAAUACAAUCUAAAUAUUUACCAUUUAUGAAGGUGAUUUAUUUACUGUUAAAGGGAAUAAUUUGAUGUACUGGGCAAUUCGCAAGUGAGAUGAGAAGAUCAACACUAUUCUGCUCAAUAUGAAGCUACAGGGAACAUCUGGUUAGCUUAGCAUAGCAUAAAGACUGGUAAUAGGGGGAAACUGCUAGCCUUGGAGCCUGGCAACAGGUCCAACACAACCCACUGUAAAAUGUGUUACAUUUUUUGUUUUAAUGCUUUUCUUGUCAAGUAUGUUUUAAUAAAGAAUGGUUUUAAUUGUA